AUGGAGGCCUCGGGCUCUGGUGAGUCUGGCGCCGCGCCCCCGUCCCCGGCGGGCGCCGCGGCCGGCGUUCCCUCCCUGCCCUGUGCCUCGCCGGAUCCCCGGCCACCUUCCCCUCCGCCCACAUCGCCGGCUUCCCUGCCGCCCCCGCCCCCCCUUGAGGCUCUGCCGCGGCUCCGCUGGGCAGACCUCGCCGAGGAGGACGAUGCGACCCCGGCCGUCAGCCGUCCUAGCACCUCCCUUCCCCUCGUGCCCCGUUCUUGCGACGCCGACCAGCGUGGCCGCUGGCUCAGCCUCCCGAUGCGGAGGUUCUGCCUCCGGCUUGCGGCGGCGUUCGCAGAACCGGCCGAUGAGCGCUGCUCAUCCACCACGGGGCUAAGGCGCGGCCUUGCGGGGCUUGGGAGGUCGCCGACUCCGCUCCUGGGGAGUGGCGGGCCGGUCCAACCUGGGGUUGGCGCGCUCCUCGUGGCGCCCGUCCGCUUCGCCCUCUCCCCGACCAGCUCUGGCGCCCCCUUCGGCCCUCCACGCCCACCCGGCCGCCGGAGUUGUGAUGGCCCGUUGCUCCCCGUUCCGGCCCUUUAUCGCGGCGUUUGGUUCUUCGGCGCUUCAGCUCCGCCCGCUCUCUGUCCCCCGGCGCCCCUGGCCGACGGCCGCGCUCCCCCUCGCACCGGCGACGGCGGCGGCGGCAUCCUCCAGCGAAGUGGAAACCCUACCGCUUGGUGCCACGCCCCCUGUCCUGGGCCGUGCCCCAUUGGGCCGUGA